CACCACCCGGACCCGACUGAUCCUGCCUCCCAGCUCGAGAUGGAAGCGCUGUAACUGUACCACGAGUACCUAAAGUUACCAACCUUAACGUGAGGCAAACCGUCACUUCCCUCUCCCGUCCUCCGCUGCCGGGCUGCUGGCAAAGGGAGGGAGGCGAGCUUGCUUAUUACUCGCGCACGACGGAUAAACCAUCUCUCGGUUGGCCGCGAUGUGCACUUCUCCUCCACUGCAUCGCUGCCUCGACAGUCAGCAUAGUAUACUACGUACUUGCGAUCCGAUAGACCUGCACCUCCGGAGCAGAGCGCCUUGCUGAGACACUGCCCGUCCCGAUCCGGCGUCGCGCCCACGUUGAGCCUUGGUGUGACCGCUGAGACAGCCGCCCACCCCUAGGACCCUCCCGUCUCUCCAUCGCCUCGACUACUACUACAAGCCCGGCACUCGUCGUCGUCGUCGUCGUCGUCGUGGUUGUACAGGCAGUCGUGUCCUUAGCUGCUGCAUCGCCGCCGCACCGCCGACCCGUCGGUGACGCCUCCAGCCACCCGCCAUGCCCGCGCGCGAAAACGGCGCGAGACAGUCGAGCGGCCGGCACCGCUCGACCUUGUCGCUGCAAAAGACGGAGAUUACAAUUCACGUCUACGAUCUGUUACCGCCCGGCAGAGUGUCCUCGGUCCUCUGGACCGUCGGCGCUUCGCUGCUGCAUUCCGGUGUCGUCAUCAACGGACGCGAAUACGCCUACGGUGGUCACGACAAGCGCGGUGUCACCGGCGUCUACUGGACCAAACCCAAGACAGAGCCACCCGGAGGCACCUUUCGCUGCGAGAUACUUCACGGAUUCACGCUGGCUAGCCAAGAGGAGAUUGACGCCACCCUUCGCCAUGCCUCGGACGAGUUCCUCGGAACCUCGUACAACCUCCUCACCCGGAACUGCAACCACUUCACGGCGUAUCUGUGCCAGAAGCUCACGGGAUCGCCAAGCCCAGGAUGGCUCAACCGCGCCGCCAGCAUCGGCGUUGCUUUACCUUGCGUCGUUCCGCGCGAGUGGAUAGAGCCCCCUGAGUAUGACACGGCCGACGGCGAGCUGCUCGACGACGACGAGCAGCACACGGACGAACAUUCACGCAUGCUGGGCCAAUCACGGCCGCACUUUCUCUCCGACGGCGCCGCCAGCGACGGAGCGACAGAGUGGGAUAGCGAGGAGGAAAGACGCCGCGGCGGUAGUGGCAAGGGGAAGCAGGUCGUUCGCGAUUCCGCCGGCCGGCAGCUUCCCGCGGCGGAGCGGGCUCCCACCUGGUAGGACGUCGGCGCUGCGCUUCGCAUCCAGACUUUGCAACGGCUCACGCAUGGCGUUUUGGGUGUCUGGGACUGUUCUUCUGAAAUGGAUUGAUACCACGGCUUGACCUGAUGCUCUCAUGUUGCGCGGCGGGCAGGAUGAAGCAACCCUAUUCUGUUGUGACACGCGCGCCCCGCGCGGAUUGCAAGGUCCCAUUCUUGAGGAAUUCGUGGUCUGUGUGUGUAUGCAUGGUCUAGCUCGUACAAAUAUUGUACACUUUGGCACCCCUGUG